AUGGAUUAUAUUACCACAGACAACAAAACAGAUAGCAAUGAUAAUAAUAUUGACUAUUACAACAAUUUUAUCAUAUUUAACGUUGUUCACCUAAAUCGUGCCUUAUCAACAACGAUUGUCUUCAUUUGGUCUCUUUAUUUUGUUCUUUCCCGACCUACUCCAACUCAACAAACUCCUGUAAUAAGAUGUAUUAUGAUAAGCUCACGUGGCAUUGGAAUAAUUUUAUUGUUCAUUUCAAUGGUUUUAGAAAUUGUUGCAAACCUGAUAGCAUUUACAAAUAGUAAUAAUCUUAUUAAUCCUUCACUCGACAUAUUAACCGGUGCUCCCUUAAUCAUCACUUUGGUUCUAUGGAAUUCUGCUUUGGCACUUAAAUCUGUAUCUUUAUUUAUUGCUCUUACGCGUUAUGCACCACUCACAAAAGCUCUUUCAAAAGAACCAAUAAUGUCAAAUUUUCAAUAUUCAUGUUGCAAUUCCUUUAACUUUAUUAGUGGUUUGAUAGUAUAUCCUGUACUUUAUGUUGUUAUUCUUCUCGCAAAAUCAAAAUGGGAAGCUGCCUUGACUAUGUCUCAACUUUUCUUUAUGUUCCAACUCAUAAUUGCUGAAAUUAUGUUUCUUAUAGUAAAUAAGCGUAUGAGUAUUGCAUUGGAUGAAGGUUUGUUAAUGGGAAGAAGCGCAAUUCAACGAGUGCGAAAACUCCGUUCAAGGAAUUGGAUUAUUAUAGCUUUUGUAUUGGUGGAAAUUUGUUCUUUAUCUAUCUAUAGCAUUGACCUCUUGACAAAGAAUGCGAUUCGAUCAAAUUUUGCUGCCACUGUAUUGAUUCUUGGAAUAAUGUUCAUAAGUUCUGCACUUGUGUAUGGCGCCAUAACCCUCAUCUUGUGUCCGGUUUACCCACAAUGUCCACUUUCUUGUGAAGUAUCGGAAACAAAUUCCACUAUAACUCAUCACAUAACGGCUCACAACCAUGCCUUAAAUAAUUUGACUAAUCACGCU